AAGUGGUGUGGCUUCACCACGGCGUUCACGUAGACACACUGGCCUCCUGGCAAGACCCACAAUACGGUGGAGUCUCUCCGCCUCCACGGAAGAAACGUAAGCAAUCUUCCGAGGACACCACUUCAGCUACAGACAAUAUGCAGCAGCAGAGUCAACAACAUCAGCUGCAGCAGCAGCAACAGGCGUCUAAUGGGUCAAGUGAAGUGCAACAAAAUGGUACGGGACAAACUGAUGGGUGUGAGGGGAACAAUGCUCAGUCUCAAAAUGGUGUUAGGGAGGAGGAGGAGGCCCCCAGGCUGAGUGUGGUGCAGCAGGAGAUGGUUCGCCUCAUCGGCCAACACCUCGUCGAACUCGGGCUAAAAAAGAGUGCCGACCUGUUGAUGUCCGAGUCAGGAUGCCGACUCGAUCACCCGGCUGCAGCUAGAUUUCGCCACUGUGUCAUGGAUGGAGAAUGGGCUAAAGCCGAGGCAGCUCUUAGUGAGUUGCGGACAAUGCUUGAUGAUCCCUCCAGCCUCAAGGAGAUGCGUUUCUUACUGCUGGAACAGAAGUACUUAGAGCUGCUUGAGAGUGGACAGGCCAUGGAUGCCUUAACGUGCCUCCGCUCACAGCUCACACCCCUACAGCACAACAUGGAGCGCGUUCAUCAACUCUCAAGUUUGAUGUUUAUGUCAAACCCUGAGGAGCUCCGCGCUGCAGCACGUUGGACAGGCAUGGGCAAGGAGUCCAGAAAAGAGCUCAUGGACCGUCUUCAACACUUCCUGCCGCCUUCAAUAAUGUUGCCUCCACAUAGACUUGAAACGUUGAUUCUUCAAGCAGUGGAGCAGCAGCGUACCCAGUGUGCCUACCACAACACUCGCAGUGAUAGUCAGGUGAGUAGAAGAGGUGAUGACGACAACACUCAACACUAUGUCAAGGUCCUUGGUUCUGGAGGGUCACUGCUUAUGGACCACUCGUGUUCGAGAAAUGCCUUCCCAGGAACUACCGUCCAGAUCCUGUCAGACCACUGUGAUGAGGUCUGGAUAGCUCGUUUUAGUCCUGACGGAAGUAAAUUAGCCACCGGGUCAAAGGACUCAACAGUCAUACUUUGGGAUGUUGAACCUGAGACCCUGACAGUCACAAGACGCUUCACCUUAGACGGUCAUUCGUACGGUGUUGUUUACCUUGCCUGGAGUCCAGAUAGCUCUAAACUUAUAGUGUGUUUACAAGAAGAAGCUGCUGAACUAGUGGUUUGGGAUACGGAACGUGGAGAGCAGAUCUGCAAGGUGUCUAAUUCUCCAGAUGAUUCCCUCACUUGUGCUGCUUGGCAUAAGGAUUCACGGAAGUUUGUGUGUGGUGGCAUGCGAGGACAGUUUUAUCAGUGUGAUCUAGAAGGCCACAUUCUUGAUUCCUGGGAAGGGGUCAGAGUACAGUGUCUGGCUAUACAAAAUGAUGGAAAAACAGUUCUUGCUUCAGAUACACAUCAUCGCAUCAGAGGAUACCAUUUUGAUGAGGUGCAGGACCAUAAUAUCAUUCAAGAGGACCACAGCAUAAUGUCCUUCACCCUUGAUAAUACUGGCAACUAUGCUCUACUUAAUGUGGCGAAUCAGGGUGUUCAUUUGUGGGACCUACGCAAUAGAACGUUAGUUCGAAAGUUUAGAGGCCUGACUCAGGGUCACUUCACGAUACAUUCGUGUUUUGGUGGAGAUAAUCAGGACUUCGUGGCAUCUGGAAGUGAAGACAAUAAGGUUUACAUCUGGCAUCACCGGAGAGAAUUGCCGGUGGUUACCCUCGUCGGACACACUCGGACGGUCAACUGCGUGACGUGGAACCCUCGCUACCCUGCCAUGGUGGCGUCUGUGUCGGACGACGCUACCGUUCGGAUAUGGGGACCUGCACCACAGUACCGGGGAACAGCGUCAACUCAAAAUGGCACAAACGCCGGCUCCAAUGAUGUCCAGAGCAGGGGAUGAAUAGGUGCUGAUGGAACAAUGUUGAAUCCAGGAGGACAGACAGUAUGCCAUUAAAAGGUUAUAAUAUUUGAUGAUAGAAGUUAAAAAAAAAAGAUCAGAAAUCUCUCAUGGAUUUAUUCUUUAUCCUCAGGGAGGGAGUCUGAAUCUCCAACAUCCCAUAUGUUCCUGAGCAAUGGUGCAGCUGUUUAGUGCAGAGACAAUCCUGUGUGCCACAAACUUUUAAUCUCGUCGCUUGUGGCGUGUUCUUAGUUGCUGGUGCUGCUAAGUUCAAGUGACGCCAUGUGGAUAUUAGUGCCACAAAGCUAGUGCAAGGAAUUGGUGUCUCAUCACCAUUACCAAAAACAUCUUUUGAUUCACACAGUGUGAAAUGGACAUCUUUGUCAUAUGCACAGUGACAGACAACUAGAUGAAUCCAAAUCUAUCUGUGAAUCAUUCCUUUGUGAGUGGGACCUUUUGCCAGAUGGGUGUAAUCAUCUGUGCAAGUUACAUCACCUGAGAUUGCUCCUCCUGAACCAAAUAGUCCCUCAGUGGAGUUUCUACUUUGCUCCUAAAUCUGUCCUUAAGGCAGAGGUCUUCUCAAGAAGAACACUCCUUUCAAGAGGAUUUCUCCAUUGCUACAACACUCUCUCAUUCUUUUUUCCAGUUUCUGUCUUCCACAGGAUGGGCAAUCAGCAAAAGGAGAGGACUUGUACUCCUAAGGAGGUCUUUGCUCUAAAUGAACUCCACUGUGUCAGUGCAAGAAAAUAUUUCAUUUGGCAGAGUUUACCUCCAUAAACAGGGAAUUAAUUUUUGCCUUAUGAAUUUUUCCAUCUCUGAAGUAUGGUAUUGUUCAUAAGAAUUCCUGCCUGUAUAUGUGGAUCACUGUAAGAGUAUGAAUCACAGUAGGCUCCUUAGGUUGCCAGAACUGCUCAUCCACUGUUGUUAUGUGUGGCUGUUUAAAUCCAAUCAUUUAUUCAUCUGUUUCAACUUCAUCAUUCAUUGUUUGUCAGCUCCACAUGCCACCACUGUACAUAUAACAUCUUUCCUUCUUGGAAAGCAUUGUUCGUCCACAGGGUUGAUGAGUGUGCCGUGAAACCCAUGAAGUGAAGUCACACAUUAAGUUGACGGGAUUACCAUUUUUCCCUGUUAUGCAUAGUGAUUUGUGUCCAGACCUCUGUUCAUUAAUCCAAAAUAUGAAUUGUAUAUUAUUUUUUGUCAUGUUGACAACUUCAGUAAUAAUGCGCCUUAGAGAUAUAAUACUUAAGCUUAUACUCACGAGACACAGGACGAGACAAAACACGGCUACCAAGUGACGGACCCAAACCAGUGUCAUUUUCUACUCGUAGGAUUUGAAGAUAUUUCAUCAACAAGAAGUGUGUAUACUUAUUAGUGAAUUAGAGUUGUGAGUAUUCAAAGGAUAUUUUGUGUACAUUGGUAAUAUUUACAUUUUAAGGAUCAAUUUGAGCUUGUUAUGAAAGUCAGGUUCAUGUAACAAAUUAUACCAGUUUGCCAUUAUGAUACUUUUAUAGGAGCUCUGAAGUUGAAGAUCUUUUGUGUUUACAGUUGAGAAAAAGAUAAAAUAAUCGUUGCUACAGAUGGUUGACUUGCAGUAGGUCUUCAGUGUUAAUGCUCACUAAUAUUAAAUAAUUACAGGCUGGUUUGAUUUUCUUACUAAAUCAAUAUUAAGAAUUAAGUGCAUAUUGGUUCCCAGGUUUGUGUGUUUUGGUGUUAUUUUAAAGUACUGUACUGUCAAGUGUUCCCAGUGUAGGAGCAGAGUUUAUUGACAUGGAGCCAGUCAGGGAUGUGAUAAUUCACCAUGGAUCUGCUCUGUAUAUCUUUUAUGUGUGACAGAGGCUGAUAGCGACAUAGAAAAUAAAUUGUGGUAUAAAUCAGUGGAAUUUUUAAUGCUUGUUGAUGAUCCAGUUGUGACGCACGAGUGAUCCGAAGAAUUACGACUGCUUAUGGCAAUAUUGAUCGACUCGCAUAUAAAGUUAUCAGAUUGGAAUAAAUGUCACCCUCUUUGUUUUAGAAAUUGUGUUAUGAUUUGAUGGUGGUGGUGAUGAUGAUAAUGAUGAUGGUGAUUAUUUUAAAGGUACAGUAAUGCCUUAUUAGUAUUAUAUGUCGUCAUCCCUCCUUAAUUUGAGAAAGUUAAGCGGCAGUGAGCGUCAAAAUAAUGAAUUAUUCAGUUAUUCAUUGUGAGAAAGUAGCUGCUGUGGGAAAUGCUUCAGCGGUUUAUCACAUGUGCAUUUACUUAACUUAUUUAUAACUUGCAAUAUAACCUAACUUGAGUGAGGUUAGGUUACAAAUUAUUUUUAAUUUGGGCAGAUUCACAUCAUACAAACCUUACUAUGAAAGUGUAUUCCAGACAAAGUACAUUUGUUGUUGCCAUAAUAAUCAUUUUAUAAACAAAUUUAAUUUUACUGUUCACUUAAUAUUUUGUCUCACUUAUACAUUUCAACAGCUCAAAAUGUGUGGAGGUGUCUGAUGUUAGGAGUUAAAGAAUGAUGCACUAGAUUUAAUUUUGCUGUACAGUAUAUGGAGGUACAUUACUUAAGGUAACAGGGAAAGGCAUAUUUAAUUGAUAUAUAUGAGUUCGGGGCAGUGACUCAUCCAGAUUUGUGUUCAUAUUACAGGAUUUCCAUAGACAGUGUGGGCAAGCAAGGAGUUGUUUUUCUGUCAUAAUUGCAUGAAUAUUGUUUUCAUAAAUGCUACCCUUUUAUUUAUUUAUUUUUUUAUUAUAGGUCCAUGGUAUUAUGUUAAAAUACUGUAAACCUGAAUAUUUUUUUUAAUGAAAUAUACUGAUUAUUAUUUAUAGGAAAAACUCUUUAAGAUGAUAGCAUUAUAAAAAUGUUUGUGACCAGAUAUAAGAAGAUGAAGAACUAUAACUGAUUACUGUACUGGUAGGUAAAAGAAGCCACGGUUUCUAUUUUGUAUUGUUGAGUAAAAUAAUGGGACAAGAUUGAAGUGGUAAUGAGGGAAUGGCUGUAAGAUCUGGGAGCUGCGUAUACUGUUGUUUGUUGAUGCUUUGUUAGUGGUGGAUUAUAACCAGUGUGAGGAGAAGCUUGUACUGAUCACAAGACAGUGUAUGAAGGACAUGAGUUAUUGUCUUGUCAAUAAACAAGUGUCAAAUA